UUUUGAAAACCCACUACCAGCUGCCAGGGUGUGGGGUGAGCUGCUUUGAGUAAGGGGCCCCACCUGCAUGCUCCUAUUGGUCGAUAUCCUAUGACAUGGGUGUGGCCGCUCUGUGUGGGCCCCCACCCGCAGUCUCAUUGGACAGAGGGAGAAAGUCAUGCUCUGAAACCCCUCCCCACUGCUCUUUACACACAACAACAACACCGCUUGUGCUAUGAGAGGAUUCCAAAGAGGUAUUUGCCAAGCAGCCACGGCAUCCCACUCUCCCUGAUGGUACCUCCUUCUAGGAGAGAGACAGACAGGCAGGGCUGAGAUGAGAGAGAAGUGACUGGAGAAGUACUGGAACUCAGACUGGAGUGGAUACUCUGACACACUCACAUCAGGUUACAGUGGAGAACACCAGAAUUGUUAAAGGCAAUCYCCUGAUUUACACCACAAGAACAGAGUCACAACACCUGUAGAAGUUGGCAAGAGAGCAGACACACUCAGACUGGCACUCAGACUACCAACAACCAUGUGCCAACAAACAAUGCUCACAGCUGAAGCCUGCAAAUGAUGGACAAGCAAAAUGGAAAUGGGCCCAAAGCCCCAGAGAAUAGGGUGAAGGGGAAGCCUCCUCCGUACUCGGUGGAGACGCCCUACGGCUUCCACCUGGACCUGGACUUCCUCAAGUACGUUGACGACAURGAGAAGGGCCACACCAUAAAGAGGGUCCCCAUCCAGCGCCGGAGCAAGGGGCAGAGGCKCAGCACACUCCCCAGACACCUCAACCUCUCUGGGCUUGGCUAUCGGCCUACCCCCUGGGGCUCCACUGGAGCUCUGGCCCCCAGGUCUCGCCUAGCCGACCCCCACUAUGGCUCCUGGGCUUAUGAUGGCAAGUCGUCAGCCUCCUCUGGAAGGUAUAAGUCUGUGGCUGAGAUGGAGGCCAGUAUCCGAGCCUUUGAUGAGCAGCCCUUGGGGGAGCACAUCAGGCCAAAUCUCCUGCGGGCCUCCAGCCUGCCUCUCACCGUCCUGCUGAGGAAAGGUUCCGAGUCAWCUGAAAACCCGGCCAGUCUCCAAAGCUCCAGAGACCGUCUUGGAGGAAGGGACAUGUCCACAGAAGACAGCUUCUACUCCCUGGACUGCUCAUCCGACUUUCGGUCAAGCCAGGACUUUUCUGGAACCCUCCGCCGCCUCACCGAAGCCCUGGAGCGCGUUGGCGAGCUGGAGGAGGAGGUCCGGGUCAUCCCGGAGCUCAAGGCACAGAUCUGCAUCCUGCAGGAGGAGAGGGAGAGGUUCCGUCUUGGACUGAAUCCCCGACCCAGAUCCCAAACCCCGGUCAAUGGGGCCAAAAACCCCUCUUAUGCGACCUCUGACCUCAAAAGACCCAGGAAAGAAAGUCAUCUCUUCACCCACAACAACGAUGUCAGCGAUGACGACUCUAACCAGACACACGAAUGGAGGACGAGCACAGACCUAGACGAGCUUCUUACAGUGACAUCCCUGCAAGCCAAAGUGGCCAUGCUGGAGCAAAGGCUUCAUGAGAGCAGCUUGGACCUCCAGAACGCCACCUUGCUGCUGAGAGAACAGCAGGAGGAGGGCCGGAGGAAGGAAUUGAGGAUGAAGCAGCUCACCAGAAACACUGGGGGCUGGGUGAGAGCGGAGAGAGUCCCAGUGGACCAAGAUGAUGAAGAGACCGAUACUUAUUCUAGGUGGUCUUUAGCAGGUGCGCAUGGUGCGUCCAGUCGAGAAAUGUUUAAUGAAGGAGAAUCUUUGUCGACCAAUGCAGUGGCCAUCAGAACAAAUAGACAAAACUCUGGCACUCAGAUCGAGGGCCUUGGAGAUCAUCACAUUUGGGUUUCAGCUAGCUCUUCCAUGAUGGAGGUCCAAGCUGGUCAACACAAUUCAGAAAUGGUGCUCCAUCYCUUUGACAGAGAACCAGGCCUGGCAGUAACCAUGGAGCACAUGCCGCAGAAYGAAGCCUCCCCAGGUGGCAUGGAGCAACCUGUGGCAGCCCUCCACGUGAAGAGGAUCCAGGUUCUCCUGGAACAGCAGUGGGGGUGUCUGUGUGGGGGGACCGCAACAGAGGGGGGCAAGGCCCUGGAGCACCCAGACCCCAAGGUCAAUUCGCUACAGGAGGAGAUGAUGAGUCUGGUUCAUACUCUUUCCUCUUACUACAACAAUGGAUCCAGUGACGGAGAGGCUUUUCAAGGAGCCCCGAAAUCUAUCAUGAAGAGAAAUGGCGGUGCUCAGACGUCAAAGAACCUCCACUUUGCGGGUGUGAACAGCGGCUUUGAAACGACACCAAAUGAGGAUUUGGACAGUAAGAGCCAUGAGAAUGUGGACAUCUCCGACCUACAGCGACAGCCAGAAGGACAACUCUACCCUGGGGAGAUGGUGGAGAAACCUGCAGAACAUGGUGGUUCCAACCAUGGAGACCAGCAAGAGGGAGACCCAAGUCAAGAGAUGAUGGAAGGAACCAAUCCAAUGGACCAGACUACUCAAUAUGUACAACCAGACUCACAUAGAGAUAGUGGUGAAAAUCUGAAAGCUGGCCAGAAACAGGCCAAGAUAGACACCCACAAAGAUGAACCUAUGGAGGCAGAACCAGACGCAAACAGAGAUUCCAAACAUGAACUGAAAGACAGGGACACUGUAGAUGGAGAGUUCAUAGCAGCGUGUAAUUUCCUCAAAGAUCACAUGGACAACAUGGAUAACCCCAGUGAUGAAAUGAGGCGGGCUUUGGUGGUGCUGUUCCGAGAUUGGUUUCGGGUGGCGGCUGAAGAGGACUCCUUGGCCAAUACCGUGUCUGUGUACCUCAGAGAGGUGAGGAAGGCCACGCCCUCGCUCCUCCCCUUCCUUGCUAACAUGGCGGACGACAACGGCAACACAGUGCUGCACUACAGCGUAUCCCAUGCCAACUACCCCAUCGUCAGCCUGCUACUGGACACAGGUGUGUGUGAGGUGGACCUCCAGAACAAGGCGGGGUACACAACGGUGAUGCUGGCCUCCCUAACGGCCCCGGACGGCUCUGGGGACAUGGAGGUGGUCCGCAGGCUCAUGGAGCUGGGGGACGUCAACGCUCGAGCCAGCCAGGGGGGUCAGACAGCUCUGAUGCUAGCAGUGAGACARGGCCGGGGCCUGAUGGUGCGUCUGCUGCUACGCUGCGGGGCCGACCCCAAUGUCCAGGACCGCCAGGGGGCCACGGCCCUCAUGUGUGCCUGUGAGAGGGGCCACACACACGUCGCCCGGAUUCUGCUGGAGAGGGCCGAGUGUGACACCAGCCUCACAGACCAGCGUGGUCGCACGGCCCUCUUCGUGGCCCAGCAGGGGUCCCACGUUGACAUCACAGCCCUCAUCCAGGCCCACCACACACACGCUGGGACAUCUCUCUGAGACCUUGACCCCCCUGUUCCCGUGGAUAGGUCAAAGACACAGACGCCACAGUGCAAGGAAUGUCCAAUCCUAAAUGGCAACUUAUUCCCUACUGUACAUAGUGCACUUUUGACAACAAGCUAACUAGCUAAGUACAUCUAAAAGCUAUGGUAGAAAACUGUGUUGGUAGCCUUCUGGCUAUCACUUGACUUCUCCAACACUCACCACUUACUGAGCUCAGCAUGUCAUGUUAGCAUUUCUCACUGACUUCAAGUACUAGGCUCUGGCCAAAAGUAGUGCACUACUUUUGUAGGGAAUAGAGUGCCAUUUCAGACGCAGCCGAAGWUCCCUCACCUCUGCUCGUCUGAUUCGGAGGUGGCCCGUCUCUCUUCUCAUCUCCAUCUUGGCCCACUAAGGUUCAGGUUGGGAGGUCAAUGUCAUUCACUAUUCCAAACCAUGCUUGGAGUUAGCUCUUCAGUUCACUUCCUGUUCCUGGACAGGAAAACAUUUUAUUUUAAGACUCUUGUGUGCCAGUGGAGUGUUAUUAUGACAGGCUUGUGCACAGCUCCAAACUUGGAGGGCGAUAUUGUCUGCUGGUUUUUGUCCUUGCCUAUUAAAAUUGAUCCAGGUGUCUAUUCCUACCUGGGCAAAUAGCAAAGUGGACUCGUCAGCCGAGUUCCACAAUGGGAGAUAAAAAAAACAACAUCCAAACUGCAGCCCUUGAGACCUCGAGCCGUCUAUCCCUGUGUUAUUUURGAAAAUGCAUUAUUACAGUAUAUGCUGGACCACCAAUGGGUGGAUGGGUUGAUUGCUCUGCUMGUACUGUAUACGUUUCAGUGCCGUUAUGCUAUCCCCUGUAUGGCAUUAGGGGAGUGACAAUGUUCUAUCUGUGUGUCAAUGCCUUUACACCUCUUCACAUGGCCUUUAUUGUGUGAUUGUAAGGUGGGACUUCUAUUUUUAAUAUCUAUUAUUUUGACUCAGCCUUACACCAUCUCUACCAUGUGCAACAGGGAAGAGAGCAAUUGUGUUAGAUAAUAUAGAAAUAUCAGAGAAAUCGAAUCUAGUUGGUAUUCAGGUCUGCACCACUACCCUCUGGGCAUUUCAUUCAGCUAGAGAUAAUUAUUACAGUAAAUAUGCUGUACAUUUACAUUGAUGCUUGUCUGGAUUGAACUGUUUCCCACUAUCAGCAAAAUGUUGCAUGCAUUUUAAAAUAUCAGUGCGCUAUACUGGUAAAGUUUGUUUCAUUAUUAUCAAUAUCAAUUAUAGACAAACCAGACAGUGGAUUUCUCUACUCAUUUUUUAUGCAUUACUCUUAAAMCUAAGCAAGAUUGCUGACAUACGACAGUUUGAAUAAAAUGUCUGAUGUUUGCCAAA